UUUGUUGAAGGAUACUCAUGUCUUUGAAAUAAACAAAUACCGAAGUCAGAAUUUAUUCGUACCGAGUGACGAGGACGACAAUGCAUUGGUGUAUUUGGUAUGGGGACUGAAAAACCAAGACCUAAGUUCAUGUCACUUUACUAAUGCCACGUGUGUCGGCAGGUUGAUUCAAGAUACCAAGUUCGAUUUGAGUCCAACGGAAAACCAGCAAGAAUUUUGGGAUUUAUGUGAAAGUAUAAAAGGGUUGGAAAGCGAAAGAGCCGAGGAGCUGGCUAUCAAAACAGAUAGCCUAACUGGAAAUUUAAGCAUAACCUGUUUCAUUGAUGAGAUGAAGAAAUAUUACGAGAGCAGCAACAUCGAACUAUCGUUUCCGUUGGCAGAUGCCGAAGUGGACCAGUUCAUGAGAAACAACAGUGACAUCUACAACAUGUCCCUAGUUCCCACAGACUUUAGGAACUUCUUUGAAGUGGGCCUAGCCUAUUGGCUGACAAGUGGUCAUAUGUCUUCUCCUGGUCCCCAGUUUUAUGAAUUCAAAGAGUACAUUGGGGAACAAAUUGAUGACAACACAUUUGAUCUGUUGACCAACGCCUCAUAUAACGAGAAAAGUGGAACACAUCUUGCAUAUGCCGCCAUCGUUGUUAAGACGACACUGGUGUUUGGUACGGUCGGUCCUACACAGGUUAAUCCGAUUGCUGAGAGCUGGGAAGAUUUCAUGAAAUCCGAGGUGGCGAAGAUGCCUAAUGGUUUAAAAGGAGGAUUUCAGUGUACUCCGCAAGGAGACAACGGAAUGUGGCAUUGGAUGAAAGUUCAAUCGGAACUUGCAAAUUCAGCCGUUAAAGGGAUCGUCAUUGGAUUAUGCGUAGCGUUAAUUGUUCUUGUGGUAACGACAAUAAAUGUGGUCGUGGGAACAAUGGCUACAAUCACCAUCAGUUUGAUUACGUUGUGUGUUGUCGGAGUUAUUCCGUUGGCUGGUUGGCAACUGGGGCCAUUGGAGUCGCUGAAUUUAUCGUUGGUAGUUGGACUAGCUGUAGAUUAUGUUGUACAUCUAGCUGAGGGAUACCAUGUGUCCGUGAAACAAGAUCGAUGUGGCAGGACUCGUGAAAUGGUCCGGCGCGUUGGAGUGUCAGUGUUAUCUGGUGCAUUUACAACACUUGGGGCAUCAUUCUUCAUGCUGUUUGCAAAGAUUACAUUUUUUAAGCAGUUUGGCAUUUUUAUGUUUUGCACUAUUGGGUUUUCAAUGGUCUUCUCGCUUGGGUUAUUUUCCACAAUGAUGGGAUUGAUCGGGCCUGAAGAUGAGUUUGGUUCACUAUCUCCGCCUCUCCGAUGGUGCAAAGCUAAAUGUUCAAAACAACAUGUUCAACCUGUUAUUGAUUAGCUCAAUAAUAGAAUUUACGAGGUUGGAGGAAGCAAGUAAAGAGGGUAAGGGUCGCUGCAAACCAAUUUUUUGAGUUGCAUGAACCUCAUCUAAGGAUCUAUAAGCAUUAUUUCUAUAAGCCUAACAGAGAAGAAUUAAAAUUAUUAAAUUUAAAUAUUGGGCAACAAAUGGGAUUAUGUUUGUGACAGGUAAGAUAGUGUCAUACGAUGUGGUGUUGGAUCAGGUUGCCUCGCAUUAUAUUAUUCUAUAAUGGUUAGUUAUAAAAUGACUUUACCAGUAAAAUUUAGUUUAAUUAUAAGAGUGUUCAUAGAUUUAUGCAGAUAUAUUAGGGUUACUAAAAAAACAAGUGCUACCCAAAAUAGGUCUGACUUUACAACUUUUUAUUAUUCUCAUGCUCUUUCUAAUUUAAUAUAUUAAUACAACUAUAAUUAAUAUUUGCCACCUACAAGUGAAUAUAUUAAAGCGAUCAAUACAAAAAAAUGUAUGCUAUGCUAGGAAAAUGAAUAGAACAAGUUGACAUUUUUUAAAAAGAAAAAUAUACAAACACAACUGUUUAUCUUGGAAGAAAUUAAUCUGGUUAUCUCAGUCAAUAAGAAAUUAAAACAUAUCUAUAGAAAUGAUGACAAUGUAUACCUCAAUGUAUUGCCACAGGGCAUAUUAUAUUUUAUUUGACAUACCGAAUACAUAGAUCCAGGUCAACCGAUGUUGUGGUAUACAAAACAAAUAUUUACUGGGAUUUUAAUCGGAUCAUAUUUCAAAUUCCCUAAGAAUUGUGUUUAUAAUAUUUUGAUUCAUUGAAAGCCAUCUGAUAACAUUUUUGAAUAUGCAAUUCAUAUAAGGAACACCUUGAUAGUUAUAAACUGUGCAAUUGUUUGUAGGAAUGAGAUGCAAUGUAUGUUAAAAUGUUUAAAAAAAUAUAUUUAUACGUUUAUUUUAUGAUAAUUUAUUAGAAUUUAACUAAUUACCAUUGCCUUCGUGUGUAUUUUGAAUAGAGUGGAUUUAAAAACGGAUGCAUGUACAUUGUCUAAAGCCUGUUUUCCACUCUAGGCGUAUUUUAUUCAUGCGAAUCGAAAGCGUUGAUUAUGUGCAUGAGCAUUCACAUUUCUAUCAGAGUUUUCACUUUAGCGAAAAUGGUAGUUCAAACUGUUUCUACUUUUUGCGAAGCGAAAAAUGUGGAACCAAACCGAACCGACGCCUUCGAUUAGUGCAAAUAAAUUCGCCUAGUGGAAGACAGGGUUUACACCUACAGUGAAUUGGCAUAAAAUUCAAUGCUUGAAUUUCUAUGUUUAAAUUAAAUAAAAUGGACUGAUUGUAAA